AUUUUGGCUUUGGGAACUUCUUCCAGCCCGGGAAGCCCCUGGCUACAUGGUGCGGAAGCCCCCCCUACGCCGCUCCGGAGGUGUUCGAGGGACAACAGUACGAGGGGCCCCAGCUGGACAUCUGGGUAAGGCAAUGCUCUUGUUUGCGUACUAAAUGGCAUCCCUAUUCCUUCAAUAGUGCCCUAUUAGCCUUGGUCCAAAGUAGUGCACUAAUAUAAGGAAUAGGGUGCCAUUUGGGACACAUACCUGCUCUGCGAUGAGUCACACAUACUGCUACUAGUCCCUCGGUGUUACACACUGAGUGUCCCAGAACUGACUGUACAUUGUCUUUGACACUGGACCUACUGUAAUCAUGGACAAUUAGAAGCAAUAGUGAGGCCAACCAAUGUGCUUCAGACCAGAUUAAACAAAAAGAGAACCGGGGCAAAGCGUUGCAUCCCAAAUGGCACCCUACUCCCCACAUAGGGCUCUGGUCAAAAGUAGUGCACUAUCAAAAGCAGUGCACUAUAUAGGGAAUAAGUUGCCAUUUGGGAUGCAGCCAAGGUGCUCAACUGAGAGAAGGUGGGAUUUUUUUUUAAUGAUACUGGACGUGAUUGCGUUGGGGAUCUGAUUGUGAAUCAUCAACCCUAGUCAGCGGAUCAACUGUUUGCUUUCCCCCUAAGCCUUGCAGUGAUAAGUGUAUGAGAAUUACAUCUUGCCAUAAACCAAAUAACCACAAAGGUGACCUGAAGACAUCAUGUGAGAGCAUAAGAUUUCCCAACCUCUUUUUAUAGCCCUGUUUUUAUGCCUUUGUACCUGAUUGAUCUAGUUAUGUGAGUGUAAGGAUUUUUCCCACAGCAGCCCAUGACCUAGUGUGUGUGUCUGUCUGUCUGUGCUCAUUGUGGGUGCAUGGUUGUGUCUCAAUGUAGAGUAUGGGGGUGGUGCUGUACGUGCUGGUGUGUGGCGCCCUGCCCUUCGACGGCCCCACCCUGCCCGUGCUCCGACAGCGCGUCUUGGAGGGUCGCUUCCGCAUCCCCUACUUCAUGACAGA